AUGGUUUUCGCAAGGUCAACAGCAGUUCGCGCUAUCGCCCGCCAGGGUCGUCAGUUCUCGUCUACUUCCACUAGUCGCGCUUCGGCCAGUGCUCCCGAAAAGGCAUCUUCUGCUAUCAACGACAUCACUAAGAAGGCGCAAGAGCUCGGUGGCCCCGCUCUCAAGCGUGUUGAGGGUCUUCUUGGAGGCUACUCCGAACCUAUUAAGUACAACCUUUCCGUCGCCUCCAACAUCGCCAAGCAAGUCUACGUUGCUGAAGGUCUCGCCCCACCUACCUCGCUCAACACAAUCCUCUCUGCAUACCGUCAGAUCUGGUCCAAAGCCUCCGAUAAGGCUUACUGGGCUCAGCUCCUUACCAAGGGCGACUGGAAGCAUGUCGGCAUCUACGCUGUCGAGGCUUACGGUAUUUUCACUAUCGGCGAGAUGAUCGGCCGCAGAUCGCUCGUCGGUUACAAGAUCGACACUUCCAAGCACGCUCACGGUCACCACUAG